AUGGACGGACAUAACUAUUACAUGCAUCAUCCUCAACAACAAUAUUCGUCGUAUCAAAAUAGAGAUCCCUAUAUGUCAGGGAGGGCAAAUAGCUACGAUGGCCAGAAUUAUUAUCAUCAAAAUGACUAUAGAAGACCACAACAACAAAACAUUCCUCCUCCAAGGCGUCAGGAUACUCCACCAUAUCCAGCUAAGCAAGAAAUCACAAUUGAGCGUUUAAAUACUAUAAUUGACCAACAACUCAAAAUUAUGCCUCCAAUCAAAAUUACACCCGCACCAACUGAAGAUUUACAGAGCUAUUGGGAUUAA